AUGAAAUCAGCUGCCCCGUGGAGGAGUAGCGAGAUCCAGAUGAUUGACAACCCACCCCGGGAUGUAGUGUACGCUUGCGAGGACAUCACCCUCGACCAGAACAUCACCAUGAGCGACCUCGACGGAUGGAACCCCUGGGUGGACUCGGAGUCUAGCUGUGACACGGGCCUCUAUGCCAACCUGACCGAGGCUGACGAGCGUCCGCACUGGGUUGCCCACUGCGACGCCAAUGCCGACUACCAUGGCAUCGAUGUGAACGACUUCAAAGUUUAA